UUUUUGUGUGUUUCUAAAUUUUGCUUUUGUGAAAAUUGUGCAUUUUUGAGUUUUAGAGCUUCCAAAUUUGAUUCAAUCAUGUGGAAAUCUGUAAAGAACAUCAAAGAGAAGAACUUUGAGAAGGAUUUGAAGUUUCCUGUCAAUCGUGCAUUUGGUGAAAAUAUCGAUGACUUUAAACUAAGAUCAGAUUACGAAGAAAAGGGCAAAUUCGACAAAGAAAAAUCUAUAAGAACUACAGAAAACUUUAAUGACGGCAUUAAGAAAAAGUUUAAAGAUAUCCAGCCUAAUAUCAAGAAGAAGCAUGAUCCUUAA